UCAUCCAAUUAUUUCUUUCAUCUCUGUUACAAAAUGGUGAAGGAAAAACCCAAUUCCACCCGUACGUACGAUGAAGAUGGAUUUCGUCGGCGAGCGGCCUGCCUUUGUGUUAAAGAUGAGCAUGAAACUGAGGUACUUUUAGUAACUAGUAGCAGAGCUCCAGAGAGGUGGAUUGUACCUGGCGGUGGACUGGAGCCUAAUGAAGAACCAAGUGUAGCUGCAAUGAGAGAAGUGGUUGAAGAGGCUGGCGUCAGGGGACACUUAGGCCGAUGUCUUGGCACAUUUGAGAAUCCUGAAAGGAAACAUCGGACUUCGGUGUUUGUUUUAGUUGUCACAGAAGAGCUUGAUGAAUGGGAAGAUUCCAAAAGCAUAGGUAGCAAUUUUUCAGGACGUAAAAGGAAAUGGUUUCCUGUGGAGGAAGCUCUUGGUCUUUUGUCCAUACAUAAGCCUGUACAGUGCUCCUACCUAAAGCUGCUCACAAGGAACGACAAGGUGCCCUGACUUUCCAUCCUCUUCGUACUAAAUAGUAUGCAAGUGAGAAAUGAUGCUAGCAUAACAACCACCAUAAGCAUCAAAGUGAAAAUCUUAAAACCUAUUCUGCUUUAAGUAGCUGUAAAGAAAAAAAAAGUUAUUUGCUUCAAUAUUUUUUAUCUUGAGCAAUUCAAAUAUUGUGUACUUAUAGAACUUCAUGCUAAAAAAUAUAUAUAUGAGUAGUCAAGUAAUGUUGAAAUAUAAAAAUUACAAUUCUAUGAUCUCUUUUUUUUUAUAAAAGUAUUUGAGUUUUUAUGAAUGUAUUAUUUUUGAAAAAUUAUGAAUUUGUUAUGAAUUUACCGCAUUUAUUUGACUGCAAAUAUUAUCUAUAUAUCAUUUACAUAUUAGGGCAGCUAAUGUAGGAAUAAUUGCUAUAAUCUUUACAUAUUUUUCUGACUAUACAUUUUUUUGUAGUACAACCUGCCAUGUUGUCCAAUUUACUGUAAAAAUGUGCAACCUGUAGUUUUUAAAAAUCGCAUUUAAUGUUGUCCUUUCUAUCUAAAUAGGUAAAUGGUAUUUUAAUUUUUCAUAAGUAAGAUUCUUAUUCAAAAUGUGGCUCCUCAAUAAAGAAUCCUUAAAAAAAAUGGAUUUAAAUAAUUUAGUUUUGAAGUUAUGAAAUAAAGUGUUUUAUAAAUUAUAUGCUUAUUUUCUUAUACAAGACAAGAAUCUUGAAGGUUUUGUAGCAUUCAUUUCAAAUAUGUUUUUUUCCUUGAAGUUUAUAGAAGUUAAUUAUAUUUGCUUGCUAGAAAUAAUUUACAAAAAAAGUAAAUUGUACAGAAAAAAUUCAUUUUCAGAUUUUCAGUAACUUUAUUUUAAAAGAUGUUUGUUACAAAAAUUUUGAAAGAAUGUUAAAUUGACAAUUGUUAUUUAAAAAAUUUCAUAUUUAAAUUUGAAAUUUUUGAAAAAUUUCAAAUUUAAAUUUGAAAUUUUUGAAAAAUUUGAUUUUGUUUGUUUAAUAUGAAAAAAUAAUUUACAGAUUUGCAAACAGAUUGAAUUUGUAAACUGUUUGGUUUGCUAUUAUUGUAUAUGCUUGGCUUGUAAAAUAAAGAUGAUACUGUGAAUUAAGAUUUCUUAUUCAAUUUCAAUUAAAAUAAAAUCCAAAGAGUAAAAUGUGUGUUUCACCACAGCCAUUUAGCUGAAAAAAAUUAGAUAAUGAAAUAUUUGGUUCUUUCUCCCACCUUAUCUCAUUGAAAUUUUAAUAUAUUAAUGUGUUCUUCUUUUGGAAAAUAUUUGUCUUAUUUACAUAUGCCAAUUAUAUAGUGUGAGUGUUCAUUGAUCUCAUUCAUAUGUUUUGUUUGAACAAGUGCAUAUUUAUUGCAUUUGAUUGUACUUAUAAGAAUCGAUUUGAAAUAUUAUUUUUAUGAUUAUCUAUCUCAGAAUGUUUUGUUACAUUAAAUCUUAAAUGAAAAUUCAAUCAAAAUUUGUAAUUUUUUGUAAAGUUAUUAUUAUUCCAUUGCCCCCCUUUUUUUAAACCAAUGUUAAUAAUGUUAAUUAGCAAUUUAAAUACUUCUUUUUUCAAUUGGAUUCCCCCCCCCCCCAUGCAUUUUUCUGAUCUAUUCUUGCUUCUCUUAUUUGAUGCUUGUAACUAUUUUAUGUCUAUCGUUUUUUUUAAGUAUUUAAAAAAAAUUAAAGUUUUUUACAAUUUUUUAUGCAAAGUUUUAAAUCUUGCAUAAACAAAUGUGAUCAUUUAGAUAAUUUUUUCUGCAUCUAUAAAUUCAUUUUCCUUUUUGUACUUAACUAUUCUUGUUUUAUUUAAUUUUAAUUGUUGUUCUUGUGCUUAAGAAAACUUAAUGAUUUUAAAAUACAGAUACUUCGGAUUAAAAAGAAAUUAGUUUUCUAAUAUAAAAUUUCUUUAUUUUCCUCUUUUUCUGUCAUUAAUACAAAUUUAUACUUAUAUUUAUUUCUAUAAUUUUCAACAAAAUGAUAGGUUGUUCUGAAAGAUUUAAUUGAAUUUUCUACAGCUUGAUUAUAUUUUACAUAGUAGUCACUUUACUUUUAAAAUGUUAUUAUCAAAAGGAAUAUUUAUUAUCAAAUGUAAAGUUUUGAAGCAGAUUCUAAAAUCCACGUUAUUACUUUAAAUGGUAUGUAAUGGUUAUUUAUCAAGUAUUGUAAUGAAGGAUUUCUAAAACUUUGAUUUGAAAUAUUUUUUUCAUGAUAGUUUAAUUACAAGAACAGUGAGAAAUAAAGCAAUAAUUAAUUAUAAAUGAAAAGAUAUUUAAUAUAGUUGUUUGAUUAAUUUAACUGACAUGUAUUGCGAAAGUGUUCCACUAAUCGCAUAUCAUUAAAGAGUUAUAACUUUGACUUAAGCCCUGUUAUGAUGUAUCAUAGUAGUGCAUUGUUCUUUUUUGCUGUUAAGUACUUAAAGUAUUGCUCAUGAUUUAUGAUAAGGGACUGACUAAAGAGUUUCAUCAAAAUAUCUGGUUUUGAUGAAAGUAUAUUUAGAAAGCUUGGAGUUAUACAUACAAGCAAAAAAAUAAAUAAAUCCGCUCUUGUAAAAAUUAAAUUUUUAUAAAGGGAAGAUUUCAAAUAAAAAUUUGAUUUUUACCAGAAAUCUGACAUUGCCAUUCAAAAGAAUGUUGGAGAAAAAGUUAAAAGUUUUAUAUUAAUGAUCAAGAUGUUUAGUAAAAUUUUAAACGCUUUAAAUAUACAUAUUUUCAAUUGAUGGGGAUGGUGGUUGUUUAUCAAAAGCUGAGCAGUUUAAAGUGUGAUGUUUAUAGGCUGUUGCAACAUCAAACUUCUUUUCAAGCAUAAAAUUGAAUUGUAAUAUUAUGUACAUCGUAUUGUAAUUGUUUUUGUAAAGUUUGACUUGUUGUUUGCAUAGAAAAGCAAAAGUAAUAAAACCAAUGUAAGAAAUGUUAUUGCCAUUGUUUUUACCUAUUUACUUUUAACAAAUCACAUUGUUUUCAAUUGUUGUGAUGGGAUUUUAAAAAAAUUACAAAUUAUUAUUUAGAGUCAAGUAAAAUUAUUAUUAAAGGAUUUAUUUUUAGUCCCUACAUUUUGUUUAGUAUAGUCAUUUGUUACUAAAUGUUUUAUUUUUAUGCAUAGUUUGAUCCUCUUUUUUUUACACAGUAUUAAAUUAUUCUUGUUUUGGUAGACAGAUGCAUGAUUUUAGUAUUUUUGUAUUUUUUAAAUCCAUUAUUUACUUAGAACAAGGUAAUUCCAUGCACUGGUAUUUUUCUCCCUUUGAAUCUCACUUUUUUUUCAUUUGCAUCACCCUAGUCCAUUACUUUAAUGUUCCAAUUUCAAUCCAAGUGGGAAUGUAUAUGUGUCCAAAUUUUUCCAUAAUAAAAAUAGAAUCUGA